UGACUCCAAUUAAGUCUUGAUCUUUGGGGCCAAUCCGUGCCAAAGUUAAGGACUUUCGGAUUCUUCAACGGAGGGUCCAAACUCUAAACUUCCCAGACAGAGAAACAGAGCAUAGAAAAAAAAAGAAGCUUAAACGGAGUGUGGCCCCCAAGAAAGCUCAAAGAAAUGGCUGGUGAGCAGGGCUACUAUGAUUCCUCACAAUGAAGCCAAGCGAGUCUAAGGUGCUCUCUCUCUCUCUCUCUCUAAAAGUUCCCUAUAAAAGCGCAAACACCAGGCUUGAGAGGAAACUGCGUUUUGUGGUCGUUGCUCAGAGCCAAAAUCCAGUUUGAUUUACAAGGAACUGGCUGGAACGCCUUCUUCUCCUCCUCUGACUUCUAUUUCUGCUAUAAAGUUUGAAUCUUUAGAUUGAUUCAUAAGGAAAGGAAGGAUCUUUCUUAGUUUUGCAGCAGAGAGUUGUGUUAGCUUUGGUGAGGUGCACGACUUCCCUGAUGGAGGGGGAGACAUCAUGGGAAUCCCAUACUGUUAGCUUCCAAUUCAAUCAACCUACAGAGGAUGAGUCUUUUACUGAAAUCAAUGCCAGAAACAAUGAGGAGACAUUGGUUUCUUUGGAAGCCAUUAUUCCUGAUGAUAUAUUAGAGAAAGUCUUCUCCUUUAUGCCCAUUGCCUGUGUAGUUAGAUUGGCUUCUGUUUGCUGGAGAUGGUAUAGAGUUGUUCAUUCAAUCUCUUCUUGGACUAGCAUGUUGCCUCAGAAGCCUUGGUAUUUCAUGUUUACUAGCAGUGACUCCAUUGAUGGGCAUGCCUAUGAUCCAAGUCUCCGGAAAUGGUAUAGCAUUACUCUUCCUUGUCAUGUUAAGAGCAAUUGGAUCAGUUCAGCUUCAGGUGGAUUAGUAUCUUUUAUGGAGAAUGAGAAGAGCUGCGAGAUUUGUAUAUUUAACCCUCUUGUGAAGGGUUGCAGGAUUCUCCAAGGACCUCCUGCUGCUCAUAAUCCUGAUUAUAGUGCGAUCGCGAUGUCAGUGAACCGGAAAUCCAACAGUUAUACUCUUGCAGUGGCGAAAUCAAAACAGAUCCCUGGUGAUUAUUUACAGUGGGAUUUCUCAAUUGACAUCUAUGAAUCAGAGAAUUGUUCAUGGGUGACUUCCAUCAGGGAAGUUUUGAUGGGAUGGAGAGGAGGUGAUGAGAGUGUAAUUUGUAAUGGUGUAUUUUAUUGCUUGAUAUACGCCACCGGCAUUGUGGGAGCUAGCGAGCGGCGCCACGGCCUUAUUGCACAUGAUUUCUCAGCGAGAACUCAUUGUAGUUCUCUUUUAAGUAUGGUGAUACCGGUGCCUUGUUCGCUUACUUGUGGCCGGCUUAUGAACCUUAAGGACAAGCUUGUGAUGGUGGGGGGAAUUGGGAAACAAGACAGACCAGAUAUCAUCAAAGGAAUUGGCAUUUGGGAACUUUGUAAGAAGGAAUGGCGGGAAGUUGCUAGAAUGCCUCAUAAGUUCUUCCAAGGAUUUGGAGAAUUGGAUGAUGUCUUUGCUAGCUGUGGAAUGGAAGACCUGAUAUACAUACAGAGCUAUGGAGCUCCAGCUCUUCUUGUUUAUGAUAUGUCUCAGAAGCAAUGGAGGUGGUCUGUGAAAUGCCCUGUGCCUAAAAGGUUCCCUCUUCAAUUGUUCACAGGCUUCUGCUUUGAACCCAGAAUUGAAGCUGUUGCUUAAAUUCUUCUCAUUUUCCAUCUGUUUGUGAAUCUCUCAGCUUACAAAGCAUCCAGAAGAGUACCAGUAGAUGAAUGCAGGAAACAGAAACCUCUCUAUAUGUCUAAAUACAGUGGUAGGAGCUGGAAAGAGGCCCUUGUAUCAACUUUUGAUGAAUGAGAUACAGAGAAUAGUACUCCUGGAUUUGAAGGUGGAGAUCCUUUCCUUGCAACCAGCCAAAACAGAAGGAAAAGAAAAAGAAGUUCCUGAGAGUUGUACUGCAUCCCUUGUCAUUGCCAUCGCCGAGGAUGGUGACAACUGCACCCAACUCUUAUCAGCAGUCUGCACCCAACUCUCUCAUCACUAGGCUGUAGUUUGUGAGUUGGUGCUGUGCUGUACUGCCUUUGAUGGUGAAAAACUCACAUGUUGUAACAGGCUCUGGUUUUCUGAUGAAUUUUCCUUCUUUUGAUUAAGCUUUUAGGUCUUUCUCUUUAUACAGAGUUUUAGUACUCUUCACUCUGAUUUUAGAUGAUGACACCUCUCUGUGGAUGAAUGCUUUGUCUGUUUCUGUUCAGUGGAUCUUGUUUCUGCUCCUGCUGAUUGACAGAUUACUGACAGUAUCCACUUUGUCUGUUCUUUGAGUGAAUUACCGCUGCUAAGUUUAACUUUUUUAUUUUUUCCUUCUGAAUUGUAGUAACUGGCAAAUGAAUGAAAGAAUGGGAGCAAUAUACUGAAAAUUAAUUUGUUCAUGCA